GCCUCCCUACCUAUACCUUACCUAACCACGUAGUUAGGUACAUACAGGUAGGUCGCUGCUAGCAGGCAACCGCUCCCCCACACCCACGCGCCUACCUAUGCACGUAACUACGUGCUACGUCCUACGUGCUACGUCCUACAUACAUAUACCUAACCCCCAUAGCCCCAGACCCACACCAGCACCCACACCCGCAAGCGCGAUCGAUCGCCGCAGGGAUAGGGGCGCGAGUGUCGGGCUGCCAGCGACGUGCAUGUUACGGUGCGGUGCGAUGCGUGCGUGCCCAUUUGCGCGUGUGCGUGCUUGUUUGUUCGUUUGCUUGCCUAGAUGGAUGAAUGGGUGGAUGGGUGGAUGGCUGGCUGGCUUUCGUCUGUGGCGUUGAUGUUUGUGUUUGCGAAUGGUGGGUUGUGGUUAGGCUGGGUUGGGCUGGGGAGGCGUAUUAGGUAGAGAGGGUGGGAUGGGUAUGUCCAGAUGGGUGGGUGGGGUGGUGU